GUCAAAUUUUAGUCAACAAGCACAAUAUAUUUUGUAAACUUUGCCUAAUAAAAAUAAAUUUGCAUAGAAGUGCAGUGCUUAAUUCUAAAUAUUAGUUAUUAAAGUUAUAAAGAUCUUCCUCUCCGUAUGUUUGUAUCUUCGUAUCAAUUGGACUAUUUAAGAUCAGUUUUAAGCUGGAAGACGGAAUGCCUGGAUUUGUUGCUGUUCAUACAGGCGCUGGUAACUGCAUUGACGAAACGUUGUACAAAAAUGUCUGCAAAGAGGCAUGCAUUCAAGGGGUUAAUGCGUUACAAAACGGGGGAAGCGCGUUAGAUGCAUGUGAACUAGCAAUCAUGACUUUGGAAAACUCUUGUGCAACGAAUGCGGGUCUUGGAUCGAAUUUGACCUGGGACAGACGGGUAGAAUGCGACGCUUGUAUCAUGGAUGGAGGAAGUCUUCAGUUUGGAGCUUGUACGAAUGUAUCCGACGUUAAGAAUCCAAUCAGUUUAGCUAGACAUAUAUGUGAAAAACAAUCAAACCUACUGAGCUUCGGAAGGAUACCGCCAAUGGUGCUUUCAGGCAAAGGUGCUUCGGCUUACGCGAAAGAGAUUGGAUUGCGCAUUGUUCCUAUGGAGCAUAUGAUUUCUGUUAAGGCGGCCAAAAGCUAUGAUCAUUACAGGAAAAGCAUAACAAAGUACGAAGAAAUGAAUCAAUUGAAACUAUCACCUUUAGAUACGGUAGGAGCCGUUUGUGUCGACGCUGAGGGCUCUAUAGUAUCUGGGUGUAGUUCCGGAGGAUUGCUACUGAAAGUGAGCGGAAGAAUUGGGCAAGCGGCAACGUAUGGGGCUGGUUGUUGGGCCAUGAUAGACGAAUCUAAUUGCAUGUCUGCUGCUACCUGCACUACCGGAAAUGGAGAAUAUCUAAUGAAAACUCUUUUUGCCAAAGAGCUAGUAGAAGACUUGAUAAAUUGCAACUGCCCGAUAACCUCACAGCACCAAACAUACCAGAAAAAGUUGCUCAAUUCUCCGUUUUUGGCAAAGCAAACCGAAAUCCAUGCUGGGUCGUUAUCGAUAAUCUACAACACUGCCAGUAAUGAUGGUGAUCUAUUGUGGGCCCACACAACGAAUUCAAUGUGUUUGGGAUUUCAAUCAACUAAACAGAAGAAACCCAAGUUUGUUCUAUCAAAGCUCCCGCCGAAUCUUUCUUGUGGAACUAAAACUAUUGUGAGUGGGCAUCAUUUCAAACUAUCUUAUUGACUGCCAAUAAGCACACGUUUUUACUAGCUGGGUACGAGACUCGCCUCAACCUGAAUGGGAUUUACUAAGUUUCUCGUAUUUCGCAAAGCCUAGCGGACGUCUGGCAUCCGACGGCUGAUAGCUCUCGUGAUAUCUCUGCUACGAACUUGAUCACUGAGAUUCCUGUUGCCCUAUUGUACGAACCGACAGCAACAUUAAUCACUGAGUCACGAUUUAGCUCCGGGACGAAGAGUGAAUGACUGGAGAGACUUGAACAUAUCAGUUGGAGUCGUUACGGAAGUUUGACAGCAAAGUCAGAUGUUGAGGACUGUAGCUUUAAAGCUGUAAUUUUAUAAUUGUAAGUUUCAUUUGCUUGUACAAUAUAAUGAAAAAAAGCUUACAUCAAAUUGCUAGAUUUUCUUCAGACUGCAUUUCAAUAAAU